AUGGCAUCUGGGUCAGUGUGGUACGAAGACACUGCGUACAGGGGGCUCCUCGAUGAGGACUGGGACCUCGACGUUGUAAGAACAGUGGCAGAAGAACUGGUUCGCCAAUUCGGGAAUGAAGGCGCUGUUGAGUGGUUGGACAAUGGGACAGAGCAUCCCCAUCGUGUUGCACUGCGCGUGCAUAUUCGUGUUGUGGACGCCCUUGUGGAGGAGUUUGGCCAGCGGCUGCUGCACAAUGGACUGCAGGUGCAAACUAUCUGCAGCGGAGCGGGUGAGUGGCGAUAUGUGGACUGCGUCCCUAAAAACGGAGGCAAGCUCAAGGCGCUGGAAUUUGUUCGUCGGCUUUAUGGCAUUGCCCGUGGAAGAUGUGUGGCUGCUGGCGACUCGGGCAAUGACAUUCUGAUGCUCAACGGCGAGAACCCCGCUAUCGUUGUUGGCAACGCCCAGGAUGGGCUUCGAGAGUGGCUUCUGCACCAACCGCAGGCUGAGAGAGUUAUAUACACAGAAGCGCGGCUGGCCAAGGGGAUCCUGGAGGGGCUCAGCCGGCAUGGGCUAUACUAG